UGAUAUCAUGAAGGCUCAGUUGUUUUAUAUGAUUUUUAAGUUUAAAAUAAAUUUUAGAAUCCAGUUUAUAUUACAGGUAAUUGUCUGCAUUAAAUUUAUUGCCCAUAAUGAAGACAAGAUGGUCACGGGAUGUGAGAAUGUUAGCAAAAUCAGAAAAAAACAUAUCAGUGUCAGUUCAUUAUCAAGUAAAAGACUUGUGAUAAGUUCAGAAUUCCUAUAUGUUACUUAAUUUAUUAACCUUUUGUUCUUGGUUUCCAGGUGGUGGCCCAGCAGUUCUCACAAACUACACUCCUCUUGAAGAAACUAUUCUGACACUGACUGAGCCUGUUGAUAUUACUGGUUUACUAGGGGUUUAUGAAAAUGAGACAGAAGUUGAUGAUGUUGCAGAACCAACUCCUGGGCCAUCUGGGAUAGCAUCUCAGGUCAUAACAGAUUCGAAAGUUGUUGUAACAUUGGAUGAGGGCACUCCAGAGGAGCAAGAAAUGACAAUAUCCAUUGUGUCAAUGGACCACACUUACUCUUCAGAAUUACCUCCUUUUUUAAUAGAAGACAGUGAUGCUCAGGAUGGAGGUAGCAGGCAUGGUCAUAGCAGAAGAUCAGAAGAAAGGAGAAUUUUGCCUGACAUGCUUCAGAUACAAGCAAAUAUAGAAAUUCACUUGAAACAGCUUGUAAGCUCAGUAAAAGACAUUGCAUCAGCAUUACAAACAAUUGCUGGUGUUAUAAAAGAUAUGGCAUAAGUUCUUAUUUCUAUCAAAUUAUGAAAUAU